AUGCCGCCGGUCACCACCUCCUCCUUCUCCACAAAACCACUGGCAACACCUCCCCCAACUCCACAGCCAACGCCGACACUUCCCCCACCUCCACAGCCACCGCCAACAUCUCCCCCACCUCCACAACCACUGCCAACACCUCCCCCACACCUCCAUAGCCACCGCCGCCGAGGUAUGGAGAGUGGGAUGGUGGUGGUUAAAGAUACGGAUGAUUAUAUUAAUACUGUGGUUGCAGGGUUGGAGACUGGGCCUAUUGUGCCUGUUAAGAAAGGCCUAAUAAAAGUUUCAAAUAGAAUUGAAGGGUUAAAUGAUGAAGAUGGAUCGGAUGAUGAAUGUUUAAAUGUAGAUGUUGGAUUAUGGGAAUAUGAAAUUAAGGAAGCCCAAAAAUAUUUCAAGUCUAAUACACAGCCUCCUAAUCAAGAAUUUGAUAAGUGGUCGGAUCGACUUAAAGAGUAUUUUAGUAGGCUUAAAAAGGAGGAAUCAACAAAGGAAGCUAUGGAUUCAAGAGCAAAUGAAGAUAAUGUUGAAGUCGAGUCUGAGAUGGAUGAGACGACAAGAUUUAUGAAGCUUUAG